AGCUUAAAGCAAUAACAAUAACAAGCCCAGCGACAAAGACAGCUGCAGCAGCUGUGUCCCUGUGUAUGAGAGCGGUGCGGAGUCAGGGAACCAGGGUCUGAGCCUACAGAACUAGCAGCAUGUCCCACAGUGAAGGGCAGAACCUUCAGGAUGAGCCCCUGCAGGCAGGUUCCUGGGUAGAGCUACAUUUCAGCAAUAAUGGCAAUGGUGGCGUUGGGACAGUCGGAGCACAAGAACAGGUGCCAGCCUCCAUCUCCAUUCACAAUGGGGAUAUGGAAAAGAUACUGUUGGAUGCCCAACAUGAGUCUGGAAGGAGCAGCUCCAGGGAGAGUUCUCACUGUGAUAGCCCACCACGAUCUCAGACCCCUCAGAGCAUUCAAAGACUGAGCGACACCGACACCCAUGGGAGUAAAGAGAAGAGCAGUUCUCAGUCAGAAGAAGAUUACAUUGAACGAAGGAAAGAAUUAGAAAACUUACUCAAGAAGAAUUCAGACUGGAUAUGGGAUUGGUCUAGCAGGCCAGAGAAUAUUCCACCAAAGGAAUUUGUCUUCAAACAUCCAAAGCGAAGCGCUGCAUUAAGCAUGAGGAACACAAGUGUCAUGAAAAAAGGUGGAAUUUUCUCUGCAGAAUUUUUAAAGGUGUUUCUUCCGUCUUUACUGCUGUCUCAUCUUCUUGCUAUCGGACUGGGGGUGUAUAUUGGAAGGCGUCUGACAACUUCUACGGGGACGUUUUAGAUGAGAGAGACGGCCUCACAAACGAGAAGACACCGGACCCUUGAUCAUACAGUAUAUCUAGUUCUGUUGAAUGUUAUGUAAAAGGUCUGUCCUCCUUAGGAUGGGGGGGUAAAGUAAUCUCUAUACCUAAGGUAUCUCAUUUCAUUCAGUGGGCAUGUUUAAGUAGAUUUUCUUCAACUGUGAAUUGUAGUUGCUUAAGUAUUGGUCAAUAUUAUGUAAAAAGUAAAAACAAAAAAAAUCCUAGUGCCUAUCUUCAAUAGUGAAUUUACUGGCCCAAAUGGUUGCCAGAAUGAAAAUUGAUCAACAUGUCAAUACUGAAGGCCAUAUGCCUUUAUCUAAAGCAAAAGCCUUUCUUUAAAGGGCUACACGAUACCCUCCUUUUCUGUACACGUGUUCCUGUUCUCCUGCAUGUUUUCACCCUGAAACAACGUGAUUGUGCUUCUUUCUAUUGUAAGGGAUCUAAAACAAAGAGGCAUCGUAUUGUAUAACAGAUAGAACUUCCUGUGACCACUUCAGAACAGUAAGCUACAUGUGCUGAAAUAGUGGUCACCCAGACAGGAAACAAAGUGGUUGCUAAGCAACCUAAGUAAAACAGCCAGCAGAAUAUAUUGACGAAGGAAUUUCUAAAAGGGAAAUAAACAGAACUUAUCUGGAAUGUAAUAGAUCCGAUGUUGAUGUUGGAUCAUCUUACUCUGGAGGAGAGUGAAUAGUGCACAAAAUAUCGAAGGAUAUUGUCAUUAUUAUCAAUAAAGGGAGGAUUGUUACUCGAUGCAAAGCCAUUUUGCGCCAGUUAUCUCCAUAUAUCCAAUAUGGCUGUAAGUAACGGAUCCUUCAUUAGUGGUCAUUAGGGAUGAGCGAAUUGACUUCAGAUGAAACAUCCGAAGUCGAUUUGCAUAAAAUUUUGUUCUAAUACUGUACAGAGCAGGAGCUCCGUAC